CUCUGCCACUGCACCCAUUCCAUAUAUAGCUCCUGAGAACUGCCAUUUCCAGCUCUCUGCCUCCCUCCCUGCUCCAUUUCUGCUUCUGAAGCCUGUGCCCAGUUCUUGGCCGCUGCUGUGGUCUUUGGGCACCCACUACAGUACAACAGGAUGUCUGAGAAGCAGGAACAACCUCCAGUAGCCCAGAAUGGUGGAAAGGCUGAAAAUGCAGAGGAAUCUGCGGAGGCAGAAAAGCCGAAGGAACUGGAAGAAUUGCCACCCUUUGAAAUUGUCACAGGGGAACGGCUUCCAGCCUGCUUUUUCAAUUUCCAGUUCAAGAACGUCGAAUACAGUUCAGGAAGAAACAAGACUUUCCUAUGCUAUAUCAUAGAGAUUCAGGGCAAGGAGUCCAAAAAGUUACGGGGCUACUUGGAAGAUGAACAUGCAGCAGCCCAUGCAGAAGAUGCCUUCUUCAAUACUAUCUUGCCCAAGUGCGAGUCUGGCCUGUGCUACAAUGUCACCUGGUACUCCAGUUGUAGCCCCUGUAUAGGCUGUGCGGAUCGGAUAACUAAAGCACUUCAGAAGAAUAAGAACCUACAUCUCUCCAUGGCAAUAGGUCGUCUGUUCAUGUGGGAGGAACCUGACAUGCAAACCGCCUUGAAGAAACUGAAAACAGCUGGUUGUAAAUUGAGAAUCAUGAAACCUCAAGAUUUCGAGUACGUCUGGCAAAACUUUGUAGAGCAGGAGGAAGGAGCAGCAAAGGCAUUUACACCCUGGGAAGACAUUCAAGAGAACUUCCAAUUUUAUGAUGAAAAGCUUGCUGAAAUUUUGCACUGAGGAAAAAAAUGUGCCAACCCAUGGAGCAACAAGCAUGGUAUACUCUUAACAUUUGGGACUCUCAACUCAGUUUUCCAGAGCUGCUUUGAAAUAGGAAACACCAGAAGUCUCCAGCUGACACACUGCUAUGCUGAUAAGACUAAAAAUACAUGUAGAGAUCUGGUUUUUUUAAAUACAUAAACCUGCAGUGCUGUUAUUCACAUAGAA